AUGGGCAACCAAGCACCGACAGCAACGGGAAAGGUGGAGGUUACGGGCCUGUGGGUGUACCCCGUCAAGUCGUGCCGCGGCAUCGCGCUGGACGAAGCCCGCCUCAACAAGUACGGUUUCGAACACGACCGCGAGUGGAUGGUCGUGACCGAGCAGGCGCGCGACAACCUGCGCUCCUUCGUCACUCUCCGCCAGAUCCCUCGCAUGGCCCUCGUCGUGCCUCGCUUCGAGGAUGAGCACCUGUGCCUCGACGCGCCGGGGAUGGACACCCUUCGCAUACCGUUGGCCUACUCGGCAGAGCACGACAAGGCCGAUCACGAGCAGGUCCGACUGUGGAGCGCGACGGUGCCGGUCGUCGAUGAGGGCGCCGAGGCCGCCCAGUGGCUGUCCACCUUCCUGAAGAAGCCGCUCAGAUCACUGACCCUGAGGUUGGUGCGAAUGACGAAGGACUUCUCCCGACGAGUUGAUCCCGACUGGUCAGUGCCGGGCGUGGAGAGCAUCACCUCCCUGACCGACUGUCAGCCCUUUCUCGUAGUCUCGCAGGAGUCCCUUGACGAUCUUGUGGCGAGGGUCGAACAGAUAGCCAGCGAGAACGGCGAAGAGGCUGUACACAUCACCAUGGACCGCUUCCGCCCCAACAUUGUGGUCCGCGGAGCAGGGAAGCCGUUCGCUGAGGACUUUUGGCGAAAGCUCAAGAUUGGAGGGGUGGAGUUCCAUGUGGCCCAGCCCUGCGACCGCUGCAUGCUCCCACGCGUGGACCCGGUCUUGGGCGAGCUCGGCAAGCACGAGCCCACGCGCUCGCUGACCACCUUCCGCACGCGAAACGGGAAGCAGUACUUUGGCCAGUACCUCCUGCACACCAGCUACACCGGGAGCAUCAAGACUGGACAGGAGGUGGAAGUCGUGGAACAAGCGGAUGAGUCGAACCUUGACACCUUGUGA